CUGAUUCUUACAACCAGGAUAUGUGGUACUUGUUUAAUCCUUAUGACAAUACCGGCCGAGCAUCACCAGCCUACCUUCCCGUUCCAAAUCACGCAGUACCAUUUUAUGAUCCUACAGUAAUUGGCAACAAAACCCGCAGAUCAUAUUUUUCUAUUCAAAGCUGCUUUGUCAAUUUUUGUAGUAAAAUUAUUAUGGGAUGCUUUGUUAUUUUGUUUUUAUUUUCUUUGAACUUCGGAAUAUACAGUUUAGUGUCACAUUCAGACCAUGCACAAUCUAAAACUCCCGAUCAAUGUGAUAAGCAACUAAUCGGCUACUACAAUGGAAUAGAGGGACGAAAUAUUUUGGAAAAUCAAUUUCAUAAUCUAACUCACGCAGUUUUUACAUCAGAAUUUGUCAAUGAAAACGGCUCUUUUGAAAACUCACACAAAGAACAAGAAUUUUUGGAAUGCAGAAAAAAAUUAGGUGAAUCGAAUUCAACGGCGAAGAUUAUGAUAGCUAUGGGCUUUAAUAAAGGAUCCUGCAAAAUUGACUGCAUCACUUCUUUCAUUGAAAAAUACCAAGUAGACGGCGUGGAACUACAUUGGAACCAUAAUGAACACUUUUUAAGUCAACUAGAAACUACUAGAAAUCUUAAGAAUCGACUAAAAAAGAUAUCCAAUUCCAAGCUCCUGGGUGUUUCAGCAUCCUCCAACUGGUCUAGGGUGACCGAGCUUGAUCAAGUUCUAGAGGUGGCAGAUUUUGUGAACAUUGAGCUUCAUGACAAUUUGAGGAGUGACAAUUUACAUGCAGGAGUUUGAUGAUUACAAUGAUAUUUUACUGAACUCUGUUAAGCCUUGCAACAAUACCAAGGCCAAGUACAACUUUUGUAGAUAUUGGUUUUCUUUAAAUAAAACCUCUUUAUCUGAAGCAUUAAACUUUGAUUUUGUUAACAGUUUUCACUCUGUUAAACACAAAUAAAUUAUUAAUGUUUUAUUAUGUUCAAAGUAUUUGUUUCUUGCACAUAUCCUUUCCUCAAGCUCUCGUACGAAACGCGCUCUAUUGACACUCUCACUUUCUGCGUCUCUUCAGUUUUGCUUGUGUUUUCAAAUGUCUAACCUCUUUCAAAUAAAUUUAUUUUUAAGUUUUU